GUGUGUGUGUGUUUGAGGCAGCAUGACGUCUACCCCCGUAGGGGGUGCGUCGCCUCUCACCCUCCGGAAUGGUUUCAGGUGUACACUGGAGAUGAAUACAUCGAUUGAAGAUGUUCUCCUUGCGGUUGGAGCUGAGGUUGGUCAUGAAAAUAUUAGUUCUGCUUCAAGAAUGAAUAAGGCAGUUGUUGUUUUUUUGAGAAAUGAAAAUCAGGUGAAAAACUUGAUUGAAAGCGGCAUUUGGAUUAAUGAAACGUCACACCGUUGUUGGCCCCGGCAACGAAAGUUAUAAUCUCUAAUGUGCCCCCGUUUGUUGGUAAUGAUGGUAUCAUUAAAGAAUUAACUAGAUUUGGUAAAAUUGUCGGCGCUAUAAAAGAGAUUCCGUUAGGUUGUAAAAAUGCUGCACUAAAACAUGUGUUAUCUUUUAGGCGACAAGUUUACAUGUUUUUGAGCGCUCCCACUAAAACGCUCGAUGUGUCGUUUCGAGUAUCUCAUGGAGAGAACUCAUACAUAGUGUAUGCUAGUACAGAGACUUUGCGGUGUUUUGAAUGCGGAGAUAUUGGACACAAACGUUUCUCCUGCCCGCACAAAGCACGUAAUACUGAAGGAGAAGGCCCAUCUGAAGGCCCAUCCGAUAAGCCGCAGAUUGUGACGGAAAGUACACCACAGCAACCUGAAAAGGCAGUCAUUAACACUGAGUAGUUUAUCAUUAUUCAUCGGCAGCGCUGCUGUGAGGACAGAUGGCACCUCUGCUGGCAGACCGGCGUAACGUCACGCUGCUAUCAUUCACUCAGUGCCAGCUGUCAGUCUGGGGCUGCUCACUUCUGUACGCGAGGACUCAAAUGCGCAACUUGGAUCAGAAACUGUAUGGCAUCACUAAAUGAAAAGUGAAACACUAACCACUGUAAAGUUAAGUAUUUACUAAAGUAUUUGAGAGUGUUUGAACUUGUAUGACCAAUUCUUAGAUCUAAUCACAAAUACUGAGGUGACUAUGCAAACUAUUGCAACACAAUUUCUGUACUUAUUUAUAUGUUGGGCAUUAAACCUUUUUACACUGUAAUCUGUGUAAUACUCUGUCACUUCUUACAGAUCAUGCUGGUUAAGGUGAAACUUGGGGAUGCCCAAAAAUUUGUCAAGAUAACUGAGCUGAGACUGGAGGAGUUUUUGUCUGCUGCAUUUUUAAAGUUUGGUGUCCCAGCUGUACCUGAGAAUGUGAAGGUUUUUGAUGAAUCAGGGACUGAGGUGGAUGAUGAUAUUUUUGAGGAUGUAGUCAGUGAUCCCUCAGUUGGAGUUCUUACCAUAAAACAUGGUGCAGACUUGGAUUCUGCCUCUCCACAAGCCUCUCAUGGGCAGUCAAUCCUGUCUUCACCCGUCGACUCCAGUGACUCACAGGAUACAGUCAUAAUUGAAGAAAGCACCUCCAGCAAACGAAUAAGGCUAGAUGGCGAAGCUAAAAAGUUGGUGGAAACCAUUCUUGUCCAGAAACCUGGUGGAGAGCGUGUAAUAAAUGAAUACAACCGAACUAAGUCUUUGGGGGAUGAAACAAGGAGGAAAAUGGUUAACAUCUUGGCAGCUGACAUGAUAGAAAAUAAUGGUACAUCACCACCAAGGCAGGUGAAAGAAAAAUAUGCCAGAGGAAUUGUGGCUUUGUUCCCUUACCUCAGUGACCCCUUUUCCAAAAAUGGCUACGAACAUUAUUAUGAUGGUGAAAGCGGUACUGGGUACUUAGCAUGGAGAGUCAAAACUAUACAGAGAGGCUUAGCUAAAGAACGACGUGCAUCAUUUAAAGGACAAGGAACGUCUGCUGAAGCGGGGUCUGGAGGACCAACUGUAAGACGGCAGUCAGAGUUUAAUCCAGAGACCAUCUUGAAUGAGGAUGAAUGCAAAGAAGCAAUUGCAUUCAUGCGCCAUUCUUCUGAUGAGGACGCCAUCAAGAAGAAAAUGAAGUUGACAUUCGACUAUCGCCGCAACAUGGUUCUUGACCCCAUGCAGUCAAAUGAGAUACUGACAAUCUUUCCACGAUUCAAAGACAUUAAAGGCUUGAUUGAGCAAGACUUUGUUCUGAUGUUUGGAGAAGGAGUGUCAGGCAAGCUACUGGAGAAGUGGACCACUGCAUUCAAGAAAAAAGUGCUUCAGCAGUGCAAAAAGCUUCCAAACACCAGUGAUUUGGAAGAACUACUGCUAGCAGCUGAAUCUCCUACUGUUGACUCAGAAGAGGGUGUUAAUUUUGCUUGGGACAGCGACCUCUCUUCCAUAAUACUUCUGUUGCAUCUGAUCCCACCUUCUGCCCAAGGCCGGAAAAGACCAGGAAAGAGUGGAACAAACAUUGAGGAGCAUCUUCGAGAAAUCACAGCUAUUGCUCAGCCCUACCUCCUGGCCUUGGGACCUCAGAAGAAUUCAGUUAACCAGUACUUCAUCGUUCUUGAUCAGCAUGCCAUUCCAUGCAAGUCAACCUCCUCUCUUGGUGCCUUUGACGAGCUGUUUAAAGCACACUUUGUUUUUGGCACAUCUUACAACAUUAUGCUACACAACAUGUACACUUUCAUUCAGACCACUGUGUACAACAUAGAUGUUGGCAAAGUGAAAGAGAGUCCUCGUGUUGCUGAGGUUAGAGCAAGGCUGCUUAGCUAGGUGCCUUAAGUUUUCUGUCCUCAUGAAGUGUUUUGUUUGUCAGGCUGAGUUAUACGGUUCAAAAUUGCUUCUUAGGCACUUCAGAUUAGUUCAUGGUUUUGUUCCUGGAAAGAAUCUUCGCCUUAAAUGUGUAGAGGCAGGGUGUAGUUCUGUGUUUGGUACUUUUUCAGGUUUUAGAAAACACUUGAAUACAAAACAUACUGAGCAAAGUGACCAGAAUUUUGACACCAUUGACAAUCGUGAGACUGCUGAGGCAGAAGGACAAAGUAGUGCUCAAACAUUUGAUCAGAUUGGCACUGUUGGAGAGGUGGCCACAACAUCUGUAUUGUUAAAGUCAAAUAAGAGCACUUUGGAUAUGUGUGCGUCUUCUGUUACACAACUAAAAGUUGCUGGGUUGAGUCAGUCUGCUAUAAGUGGUUUUGUUUCAUCUAUGGAGGAAGUCGUUUUUGAGAUUCACAAUCAGGCCCAGGAUGCAGCUUUGCUAUGUCUGUCUCCACAUGACAUUGCUACUAAAAGGAAAAUAGAAAGUUCAAUUCAACAUUUGGAAAAUCCUUUUACUUUGUUAAAUUCUGAAGCCAAACGAAAGAGACUUUUUACAGAGAAAUGGGGAACUGUUGAACCAACCGAAAUAGUGCUUGGCACAAGAUUUAACAGCAGGAGAAAUAAAACCACUGGAACAUUUGAUCAAGUUGUUGUAACAGAUAAAUAUGCUUAUAUACCAAUUUUAGAAACACUAAAUUCAAUUUUGCAAAAUCCGCAUCUUACUGAUUUGUUUAAACCCAGGCAUGUUCCAAAGGAAGGUGUUUAUGUUGACUUAAGUGAUGCGGCACAUUUUAAAAGUAAUCUUUUAUUUUGCACAGAAAAAGAUGCCUUACAAAUUCAGUUAUUUUACGAUGAUUUCGAGACCGCUAAUCCAUUGGGUUCCAAAAAAGGUAUACACAAAUUGGGUGCUAUCUAUUUUACGUUAAGGAAUUUCCCCCCCAUUUUUAACUCCUCAUUGGAUAAUAUUCAUUUAUGUGCCCUCUUUCAUGCACAGGAUAUUAGACGGUAUGGUUUUAAUUCUAUAAUUGAGCCUCUAGUAAACGAUCUAAAAGUGCUUGAGAUUGAGGGGGUUAAGAAUCCAGUAUCUGGAAGUUGUGUUAGGGGUACAAUUGUUCAAGUCACAGGGGAUAACCUUGGCUUACACAGCUUAUUAGGCUUUCUGGAGUCAUUUGGGGCUCAAUAUUGUUGUCGUUUCUGUGUUCUUGAGAAAGAUCGCUUUCAGUUUGUGUUUUCUGAAGAUAACCCUGAGGUUGUACUAAGAACAACUGAGAUGCAUGCUAUGCACUGUAAAAGGUUACAAGAUGACUCUACACUACCUCAUGUCUAUGGCGUCAAACGGGUGUGUUUGCUAAAUUCACUCAAGUAUUUCAACACCGCACGAUUUGGGUUUAAAUGCCAUCCAAUCUUGGUGCUUGUUGCGCAACAUGCCUCUGUUAUUUGGUGAUUUAGUGCAGAGAGAUGAUAAACGCUGGUAUCUUUUGCUUUUACUUCUGCAGAUUGUUAACAUCGUAUUUUCACCAGUCCUAACAGAAGGCAUGACCAUUUAUCUUAAACAUUUAAUAAUUGAACAUCACCAGCUAUUCAAAAAAUUAUUUCCCGAAAAAAUCUGUUCCCAAAGCAUCACAUAAUGAUACAUUACCCACAGUGUAUAAGAAAAAUUGGACCAAUUCUGCACAUGUGGUGUAUGCGUUAUGAGGCUAAACACAAGUUUUUUAAAACACAAUUAAAAAGCUUCAAAAACAUCACUAAAACACUAGCCAAAAAGCACCAGAGUUGUAUGGCAAUGCACUGGGAGUCUUUUAGCCAGUACAGAUUGACUCUUGGGCCAGGGAAGAUGAUGGAACUCAGUGAACUUAAAGGUGGGAUGGACAUGGCUUCCAAACUAGGAGUGGAAGUAUCAGAACUUGUCUAUUCUGUAAAAUGGAUCAAACAUCAUGGCACAGAGUAUCGCCCUAACUUUAUUAUCUGUACUGAAGUAGCAUGCGAGAUGCCUGUGUUUUGUAAGAUCAAGACUAUUGCUGUGAAAGAUGAAAAUGUACUGUUAUGUGGAACACUGAUGGAAACACUCUGUUUUGAUGACCAUUACCAUGCAUUUACAGUUAGACUGCAUCCAGACCAAGUUUUAAAGGUAGCGAAUGUUAACGAGCUGUGUUAUUUCAAACCAUUUGAUCUUCAAAUGAAAUAUGGCACAACAGAUUCUGCACUGCAUAUAGUGCCCUAUUGCCAUUUUAUGCAGAUGUGAUGUUUUUUUUUCAGAUGUGAUGUAUUUGUUUUAAGCCUGACAGUGUUUUAAUAAAUGUUUUAAAUGGUA